AUGUUUCCUCUUUGCUUUCUAAACAAGAAAAUAAUUAAAAAUAUUAAAAGCAAAUUCUUCACAACAGCAAACAUAUUUAAAAGCCAUGAGAAUUUUAAUAAAGAAAACAAAAGUGUAAUAGAUGUCUAUGAGAAUUAUGAAGUAUUAAAGAACAUAAAAAAAAAAAAUACAUUAAAAAAUUCCUUAAAAAAAUUUAGAGAAAUAGUACAAAAAGAAACAAAAAGAAAAGGAUAUAAUUUUUAUUAUGGAUGGCCACCAAUAAAUAGAAUAAAAAUUACAGAAGAUGAAAAAUUGGGAUUAUAUGGAAGAAAAGUUUUCAUAUUUAAUAGAAUAAAAGGAAUUAAAGAAAAAGAAGCGAACCUAUGUAUCUGUUGCAAAAAUAAAAAUAUAAUAUUUCUUAAUAAACAGGAAUUUCAAUCAUUAUUAAAUAAUAUUAAUUUCAUAAAACAAGAACUACAAGAAUUUGCAAAAAAAAUAUAA